UUGGACAUGGACGAGUAGGUGCCAAGAAAUGGAUGUCAUUGGGAACAUCACUGAUUUAUCCCCGACAGUGUCGGGAAUACCGGAUGAGUGUGGUCUGGAGCCACAUGACUUUCUGGAAGUCAAAUUUUUCUUGAUCAGUGUCGUUGGUACAUUGAUAGGACUGUUUGGAUUGUUUGGAAAUGCAACGACUGCUUUGAUUUUGACACGACCAUCAAUGAGGAAUCCGAAUAAUCUGUUUCUGACAGCACUUGCCGUAUUCGAUUCAUGUCUCCUUAUCACUGCUUUCUUCAUUUAUGCAAUGGAAUAUAUAAUCGAAUACACUGCUGCAUUUGACCUUUAUGUGGCAUGGCUAACUUAUCUAAGGUUUGCAUUUGCUCUAUCACAUAUAUCCCAAACCGGAAGUGUCUACAUCACCGUUGCAGUCACGAUAGAACGAUACUUGGCAGUUUGUCAUCCAAAAAGCAGUAAAAACAUGUGUGGUCCAGGUGGCGCUGCAUGGACGAUUCUUGGAGUCACAACGUUUGCAGUCGUUUUCAAUUGCACGAAGUUCUUUGAACUUCAGGUCACAGUGAAUCCAAGUUGCCCGGAUGGAAGCAAUUGGCAAUCAUACAUUCUACUUCCAUCGGCCAUGGCCAGCAAUCCUAUUUAUCAGCAGGUAUAUUCUCUAUGGGUGACAAAUUUUGUGAUGGUAUUUUUCCCUUUCUUAACUCUUCUUCUUUUCAAUGCAAUCAUUGCUUACACAAUUCGACAAAGUCUGGAAAAAUACGACUUUCAUAAUCAAAAAAGCGUGGUGGCCGCCCUUUCAGCAAGUGUAAAUCUUCCGCGCAACAUCGCCGGAAUUUCGAGUCGAAACGAAUUGAAAGAGAAAUCACGGGAAGCUACACUGGUCCUCGUUAUUAUUGUUUUCAUCUUUCUCGGUUGCAAUUUUUGGGGAUUUGUGUUGACUCUUCUGGAAAGAAUUAUGGGACAGGAGACAUUGAUGGUUGAACAUCAUAUAUUCUACACGUUCUCUCGAGAAGCUAUCAAUUUCCUAGCAAUCAUCAAUUCCUCAAUCAACUUUGUAAUUUAUCUACUUUUUGGAAAAGAUUUCAGAAAAGAACUAGUUGUGGUAUACGGAUGUGGAAUCCGAGGAAUCUCGCUGAGGCUUCCUGUUCAAGAUAAAUUUGUCAUUUGGAGGCAUUGGAAGCGAACAAAGUCUCGAAUAUCGAUGAAUACAACGAAUCGAACUCGGCACAAAAUAUCUCUUCCACAGACACUUGUUGAGCAUGCGAAUUUGGAAAGACUCGAAGAAACUCGUUUCUUAGCUCAUCAUGAAGAUGGUGUACAGACGCAAGUGUCGCCAAUUCAUGCUCUCAGAAAUGGAUCGACUCCAAAAAUUGAUACACUACAAGACUUGACAUCGAAUGGAAGACCGUGUAAAACAAGCAUAAUCGAUGAUAAUGGAACUGUUGUGUGUACAGUUACAGAGUUCCCAUAAUUUUUUUAAAUGAAAGAAUAUGUAUUAAUUUGAAACUAUGUGCCUGUAUUGUUAACUCUUAUGUUUGCUAAAUUCUUCAUACGGUUGUGAUUCAAUAAACUUGUGAAUUU